AUGUCCGAAUUAUCUACGUCGUUGGAUUUCAGCGUGCCAGAAAACCUGCCGCCUUCUCUUCGAACGGAACUUGAAAGCUUGAUAUUAGACUACCGUGAAGAGAAUUUGACGGCAAAGGGAUACCAGAAAAAAAGGCAAGAGUUAUUGGAACGAUAUGCUACUACAACGUUGAAUCCUUUGGUAUAUUCUCCUAGAUCGUCAUUGGAAAAACCGCCUUCGCAUCGGCAGACAAGAUCAGUAGCGUCAGUAGCAGGCCGAUCGUUGGCGAUGGAUAACCAGUCCAUCACGUCAUCCACUGCGUAUCAGUACAAAGAUACGUCCUCACUGUACAAGGUUACGACAAUGCAUUCGCAUAAACUCAUGAAUAACUCAUCGCCAACGAUGAUCUCUUUACCUGUGAAACAUACUGAUGGGGGAUCCUCAGACGGAGUUGACGUAAUAGAGUUCAAUCCUAUGAUCCCACUUCUAUCUCGAUUCAGCAAUACUGCGUCAAAGGAUUGGGAUUCGAUCCCAUCAAUAUUGAGAGCUCGGUUUCAAUUAUAUGACAGAGAAAUCGCUAUGGUUAAGAUUAAUGGUAAGGGGAAGGAAUCAUCUAUUACUUGGGAAAAGUUGUAUUUAAGGGCCGAAAAAGUCGCACAUGAACUUUCGGCUGGUAAACAUAAAUUGUACAGAAUGGAUAAGGUGUUAUUGUGGUAUGAUCCUGAUGAAUCCAUAGAGUUUACUGUGUGUCUCUUAGGAUGCUUCAUCGCUGGAAUGAUUGCCGUUCCAGUGUCUUUCUCUACCUAUACUCUGAAUGAAAUUAUACAGAUUAUAAAAUCCACCAAUUCGAAGUUUAUUUUAAUUUCAGAAAACUGCUAUACCAAUUUGGAUAAUCUUUACGCUAAUCAAACAACCAAAUUGAAGUUAACAAAGAGCGAAUUUUUCAGUAAAAUUACGUUUCUUAAGACUGAUGAUCUUGGAACCUAUUCAAAGGCAAAGAAAACAGUACCCACUUUCGAUAUACCCAAUGUUUCUUACAUAGAGUUUACCAGAACUCCUCUGGGUAGACUUUCUGGUGUCAUUAUGAAACAUAAAGUUCUAGCUGGGCAAUUUGAUAACAUGGCCCGUAUUCUUGAUUCAAGGGAAACAACUUCAAGAAAAAAUUCUAAAAUUAUCAGAAACGUUCGUGGUAAAAGAACCUCGAACAGCCAUGUCAUAUUGAAUAGUUUAGACCCAACUAGAUCAACAGGUUUAGUUUUCGGUGUUCUUUUCAAUAUUUUUUCAGGAAAUACCUUAAUCAACGUACACAGGAACUUAUUGAAAGCUCCAGGGUUCUAUGAAAACUUGAUCAGCAAAUAUAAAGUAAACAUUCUUUUGAAUGAUCAGCUUCAAUUAAAACAAGUUGUCAUAAAUUAUUUGGAAAAUCCAGAAUAUGCUACUUCCAAGAAAAUUAAGAUUGAUUUUACGCAUAUAAGACACUGUUUGACAUCGUGUACAACUAUAGAUACUGAUGUGACUGACAUGGUGGUUCAUAAAUGGUUGAAAAACUUGGGAUGUAUGGAUGCUUCUCAAUGUUAUACCCCAUUACUUACUAUGUUAGAUUUCGGGGGCAUUUUCAUUUCUACUAGAGAUCAGCUAGGAAAUUUGCAAAAUUUCCCGUUGCAUGAUCCGAAGUUAAAACUGCAAGAUGAAUUGUUUGUCGACAAGGAAAAAUUGAAACUAAACUUUAUCAAACCCAGCAUUUUAGCCAUGAUGAACUCCUCUAGCUCAAAGAAAGAUUUUUUGCGAGUUGCAUCCUUUGGUUUCCCAUUACCAGACAGUACUGUUUGCGUUAUCAACCCCGACAAUAACACGUUAGUACCAGACCUUACUGUUGGUGAGCUAUGGAUAAGUUCGCCAAGUAUUACUGACGAGUUUUAUCAAAUGGAACGUGUAAAUGAUUUUGUGUUUCAGGCUCGGAUCAAUUUUAAACUGAUGUUCUCAAUCCUCAAAGAUGAAUUCAAUAAUAGCAAAGAAUCAUCAGAAAAACUAAACAUGAUAAUGAACAUGUGCCCUGCAGAAACGACUUUUACCCGAACAAAAUUGAUGGGAUUUGUUCAUAACGGUAAAAUAUUUGUUCUCUCUUUGAUAGAAGACAUGUUUUUACAGAAUCAGUUAAUAAGAUUGCAUAACUGGUCUCAUACUUCUGAUGUCACCAGAGCAAAGAAAAAACAAAUGCAGGAUACGGAAGACGAAAUCACGAAAAACGUUUCGAAAAAAGUUCAACCGAACCGAAUUCUACAAUCAUUUUAUCUUCAACAUAUUACUGAAAACAUAGUUAGAACCGUCGACACGGUGUCAGAGGUUGCUGCCUUUGAAUUGCCUCAUAAUAGAGAAGAACAUUUUUUGGUUGUAGUUGUUGAAAGCACUACAGCCAACAGUACGUCUAUGAACCCUGGUGCAUUCAAAACCUAUCCAGAGAAAUAUUUAGCAAUGGAGAAGAAAAUGAAUUUACUCACUGAACAAAUCUACAAAAUGUUAUGGAUAUUCCACAAAAUUCAACCAUUCUGUGUGUUAGUUGUAGCACCUGGAUCUUUGCCUCGAAGGUAUUGCUCUUUGGAAAUUGCUAACAGUACCGUCGAAAGACAAUUUUUAGAUGGGAAUCUCAAAAGUAAAUUUGUUAAGUUUCAGUUGGACAACGUUAUUUUGGAUUUUAUUCCUCAUUCAUGGUACUAUAAUGAAAGCAUUUUCUCCGAGCAUUUAUCUAAUCUGCGACACCAAAGUAUUGGUGACGGCAUUCAACUAAAUUACAGAAUUUCGCCUAAACAGACAUGGCAGACUUCUGGUAUUGAUUAUCGCCAUUCCUCAACGGACUCUCGAACAGGAAAGAACUUAAGCGCGUUUAAGUCGAUACUUGACAUAUUGAAUUUCAGAGUAAGUCAGCAGCCAAAUGAUUUUGCAUUCAGCACUGGUGGUGGUUCUCCACCAAACAAUACAAACGUAAGACACUCUUGGAAAUCAUUCGAUGGCAUAAUCGCUGCAUUUGCAAAAAAGAUUGUUGAGUCGAAGACACCACUAAAAAAGGGCGAUCGAGUAAUAAUUAUGUGCCAGAACUCUGUUGAAUACGUUGCUAUUGUAAUAACGUGCCUUAUUUGCAAUUUCAUUGUUAUCCCGCUUCCUAUUUUAUCAGAGUCUGAUAUUGAACAAGAAGUCUCAUUCUUUCUUAACAUCAUCGAAUCAUACAACGUCAAAAGAAUAUUUGUCGAUCACAAAGUACAUGCCACUUUAGAACAGAAUACAAGAAUAUCACAAGCGCUAAAGCCUUUCAAAUACAGAAUUCCCAAGACCACUAUUACAAGUAAAGUAAAAUUGAAAAACAAUUUGAGUUUAUCACAAUUCAAGUCUGCCAUCACCAAUAAAUUUGGACCAGCGUCAAAACCGGAAGAUCCAUGUUUAAUAUGGAUAAACAAAGAUCGCGAUUCUUUCAAAGAUUUACAUAUUGUUAUGAACCAUUCGCUGUUAUUAAAUCAAUGUAAAGUGUUGAAAGAGACAUUGCAACUAAGUCCAUCAAAUCGUAUUUUCUCUAUAGCGAACUAUACUUACGGUCUUGGAUUUAUACAAGCUUGUCUUGUCGGGAUAUACCUUGGUGCUACAACAAGUCUUUUUAACUCUAAUGAUGUUUUUUCUGAUCCCAAAGAUUUCUUGUUGGGGAUUCAGAAUUUAGGUGUGAAGGAUCUCUACUUGACUCCAGAAUUACUGUAUUUGAUAAUGGAUAAAGCCGCUGGAUUAUUGGCGUCACAAUCUAAACAAAACGCAAGUCUGAAGAAAGAAGUUCUUUUGAAAAAUGGAUCCACUAUCUCCAGUGGAUUUAUGACAAAUAUUCAAAAUAUAAUGGUCCCUUUCAAUGGCCGUCCUAAAUUCACUACUAUAGAGGCAUUGUUAGCAAAAUACUCUCACUUAGGAGUCUCUUCUUCCCAAGUCAACUACGUCUAUGAACAUCAUUUCAAUCCCUUUAUAUCGAUGCGAUCUUACCUAGGAAUUCCCCCUGUUGAUAUUUAUUUGGAGCCAAUUUGUUUCAGAGAAGGCAUAAUCAGUGAAGUGGAUCCAGAUACCAUUCCACCGACAGAAUUGGAAAAAUAUGUUCAUUUACAGGAUUCAGGUAUAGUACCCGUUUGUACCGAUGUGUCCAUUAUCAAUCCUGAAACUCUUGAACCAUGUUACGAGAAAGAAAUAGGAGAAAUAUGGUGCUGUUCAGAAGCUACCGUUUUCGAUCAUUACGUUUCUACUACGAGUACACAAUCUGAGUUGACAACCACGCAACAGGAAAUUAGUAAAUCUACUAAGUCAAAACUAAAGAGAGACCCAUUCAUUGCGGAACAAUUUAAAGCCAAGAUCAAUAAUGAUGUUGAUAAUGGGUUGACGUAUUUGAGAACUGGUGAUUUAGGUUUUAUCAAAACAGUUUCAAGAAUUGACUCACAAGGAAACAACAUAACUCUCUCACUCCUAUAUGUGCUCGGAAGUAUUAGCGAGACUAUUGAAGUUCUUGGAUUGACCCAUUUCGUUAGUGAUUUAGAAAUGACAGUAAGACGAUGCCAUGCUGCUGUAAACAAUUGCAUGCUUUUCAAAACAGGCGGAUUGUUAACGUGUUUCGUGGAGUGCAACAACAAAGUUAAAAUCGAAUACUCUAAUCUUACACCUUUAAUCGUCAGUGCAUUGUUGAAGAAUCAUGGAAUUGUUGUAGAUAUGUGCACAUUUAUCAAACCAGGGUCACUGAAAAAUACCUAUCGUGAUUGGAGUAAGAACAGGAAACAAAUUUUGAGUGACUGGUUGAAUAAAAAGAUAGUCAUAGAUUCCCAAUUUUGCGUUAGUUUUGGGGAGAAUAACUCCAUUUAUCUAUUAUCAGAUUUUGAAAAAAAUCAAGAAAAUCUGGUAUAG